GGACGGAGGGAGUAUAUCUUUUUGUACAGUUUUCAAAUGUAUAUAUUUUAACAUUUGUUUCUUAUUGUGAAAAUAUUUUAAAAUUGAUAUUUUAAAGAAAACAAGGUUUCUCCAAGAUAUUAUUUUGAGGAACCACAUAUUAUGAGAAUUCACCUUCAAAGAAACAAUAAUUAUAAACACAUGCCUUCUCACACCUAUAAUAAAAAUUUCAUUCUCACAUUUCAAACCCUGUGUUGAAACUUGAAAAGAUUAAAUAAAAACACUUGAUGAUCUCAUUGUUAAUGUCAUACACAUUUCUUCCACAACCUCCUAACCAUACUAUUUAAUUUCAUACUCAAUUACCACUUAUCGACAAACAGAAAAAAAAAUAAGGGUCUUUCUCUUCAACUUAGAGCAUGUUCUAUUCAGCUUAGAGCUUGUUCAGUUCAGUUCAUUCAGUUUCGUUCCUAAUUUCCUUUUCUCAUAAAAUAUUCAGUUCAGUUCAGUUUAGUUCAGUAAAUUAGAACAGGCCCUAAAGUUCAACAAGUCGUAUUCUAUCAUUUCAUGUCCCAAUUAGUUCAGUUCCUAAUUUCCUUCUCUAAAAAUCAAUUCAUUUCAGCUCUAUUCAGUUCAGUUCAAUUCAAUUCAACUCCAAUCAGUUCAGUUCAGUAAAUCAGAACAGAACCUAAAGUUCAACAAGUUGUAUUCUAUCCUUUCAUGUCCCAAAAAAAAAAAAAUCCAUAGUAAUUUAGAAAAUAUAAUUAAUUUUUUCCAAAAAUAAAAAAUAAAAAAAUAGAACGGUUGCCAUAAAUAAAAUAAAAGAUAAAGUGACGUCAACUCUAGCUGAGAAAGUCAACGAUUUAAGCAUUCCCACUUCGUAUAUAAAUUCUUGUACUAGUUCACUAGUUGUAUAAACAACAUAAACCUUAAAAAAAAACAAAAAUCAGUAGAAAAAAGGGAAUGGCAGGGUUAUUUGACAAGCAAGCAGAUUUGUAUGUACAAGGAAGGCCAAAUUACCCAAAAGAAUGGUAUUCUUUGUUGGCUGAUCGCACUUCUCACCAUUCUUUGGCUUGGGAUGUUGGUACCGGCAAUGGUCAAGCUGCUUUCUCUAUAAUGUCUCUCUUUCUCUAUGUUGCCGAAUAUUACAAUCAAGUGAUAGCAACAGACAUAAGUGAACCCCAAAUCAAUCGGGCCAUCCAUCAUCCUCGGGUCAAGUACAUUCACACACCAACCUCUUUAAGUAACAAUGACCUCAUCUCCUUAAUUGGACCGGAAGGCUCAGUCGAUUUAAUCACGGUAGCCCAAGCGGUCCAUUGGUUCGAUCUUCCUAACUUUUACUCUAUAGUGGACCGGUUACUAAAAAAACGUGGAGGAAUAUUCGCAGUUUGGGGUUACAAGGACGUCACAGUGAGCCCCGCAUUUGAUCCGAUUAUGAAAGAGUUUCAUAACACAACCCUACCAUAUUGGGACCCGAAGCUACGAUACGUGUUAGAUGGGUAUAAAACGCUGCCGUUUCCCUUUGAAGAUGUUGGGCUAGGGAGUGAGGGGCGUCCUAUGGAAUUGGACAUACCUAAAAUGAUGUCGUUUGAGGGGUACUUGGUGAUGUUGAAGUCUUGGUCAGCUGUUACAACGGCUAAAGAAAAAGGGGUGGAUUUGUUGAAUGAGAGUGUUGUUAAUGACUUAAUGACUGCAUGGGGUGGGUCCCAUCUGGUUAAACCUGUGGUUUGUAAGGUUUUUAUGAUUGCUGGCAAAGUUCGGGGUUAAUUUCAAAUCCGUAAAUCUUAUGGUACAAACUGUUACAACACUAAUACAGAGUUCGUAUAAUGUUUUAGUGUUGUAAAAAAUAAGCUUGUUCUUUUAGAGUGUUUUACGAGCAUUAUUGCACUUAACAAAAAAUGUGAAUGUUUGGCAAAUUAGGAUCUGUUUAAAUUUACUUAAUUUCAGUU